AUGGAUGCCUUGUUUUGUCCGACCAAAUGUAGUUUUUGGAAGGUUUUCUGGCUCUGGAGCAUUUGGGGGGACUAUCUGGUUUCCGUCUUGGGUUGCCCUGCCAACUGCCUUUGCAAUAAGACCGAGAUCAAUUGCAAAAAGCCGGAUGAUGGCAAUCUCUUUCCUCUUUUGGAAGGGCAAGAUUCCGGCACCAGCAACGGGAACGCCAGCAUCAACAUUACCGACAUCUCUAGGAAUAUCACUUCGAUACACAUAGAAUUUUGGAAGAAUUUGCAGACACUGAAUGCCGUAGAUAUGGAGCUGUACACAGGACUCCAGAGACUGACAAUCAUGGAGUCUGGCCUCCGGAGCAUCCAGCCACGGGCAUUUGAUAAAAAUCCUCACCUGCACUACAUAAACCUCUCUGGCAAUCGGCUGACUACUCUGUCGUGGCUGCUGUUCAAGACAUUGAGACUUACUGAGCUGAGGUUAGAACGGAAUCUUUUCAACUGCAGCUGCGACAUUCGCUGGAUCCAGUUGUGGCAGGAGAAAGGCGAAGCAAAUUUGCAGAACCAGGACUUGCACUGCAUGACCACAGACAACAAAAACAUAUCCUUGCACAAGAUGAGCAUUAGUCACUGUGAUCUGCCUGAAAUCAGCGUCAGCCAUGUGAAUCUGACGGUGUGCGAGGGUGAAAAUGCUGUCAUCACCUGUAACGGCUCCGGCUCACCCCUGCCUGAUGUUGACUGGAUGGUGGUAAAUCUGCGCUCAAUCAACACUCAUCAGACCAAUGCCAACUGGACCAAUGUCCAUUCCAUCAAUCUAACCCUGGUGAAUGUCACGAGUGAGGACAAUGGAUUCCUGCUGACGUGUAUUGCUGAGAACGUGGUGGGAAUGUCUAACGCCAGUGUGCUUCUUACCGUAUAUUAUCCUCCCCGCAUCAUCAGCCUGUUGGAACCCAUCCGCCACAUGGAACACUGCAUUGAGUUUUUGGUGCACGGGAACCCGCCACCCCAAAUCCAUUGGCUGUACAAUGGCCAGGUUCUCAGGGAGACAGACUUCAUCCGCAUGGAGCUCUACCAGGAGGGGGAAGUCUCCGAUGGAUGCUUGCUGUUCAACCACCCAACACAUUACAACAAUGGCAACUACACCAUCAUCGCAACCAACUAUCUGGGAACAGCCAACCAGACAGUCAAAGGGCACUUCCUGGAGAAACCCUUUCCAAGCAUUUCGGAUGGCAUUGUCACAUUUGAGUACAGUCCGAGUCCUACCCCUGUUAUCACGGUGACGCACAAGCCAGAAGAAGAUACAUUUGGGGUGUCCAUAGCUGUUGGUCUUGCAGCCUUUGCCUGUGUCCUCUUGGUGGUCCUCUUUAUUAUGAUCAACAAGUACGGUCGACGAUCAAAGUUCGGAAUGAAAGGUCCUGUGGCUGUGAUCAGCGGGGAAGAAGAUUCUGCCAGCCCUCUUCAUCACAUCAAUCAUGGCAUCACCACCCCUUCAUCGUUGGAUGCUGGCCCGGACACGGUGGUGAUUGGCAUGACCCGUAUCCCUGUCAUCGAGAACCCACAAUACUUCCGUCAAGGUCACAAUUGCCACAAGCCAGACACGUAUGUACAGCAUAUAAAGAGGAGAGACAUCAUUCUGAAGAGGGAGCUUGGUGAAGGUGCUUUUGGGAAGGUGUUCCUUGCUGAGUGCUACAACCUCAGCCCCACCAAGGACAAGAUGCUAGUAGCUGUCAAGGCUCUGAAGGACCCAACUUUGGCUGCCCGAAAGGAUUUCCAAAGGGAGGCAGAACUUCUUACCAACUUGCAGCAUGACCACAUUGUAAAGUUCUAUGGCGUCUGCGGUGAUGGAGACCCUCUCAUCAUGGUAUUUGAGUACAUGAAACAUGGAGACCUGAAUAAGUUUCUGAGGGCACAUGGCCCAGAUGCAAUGAUCCUUGUGGACGGCCAGCCUCGGCAAGCGAAAGGGGAGCUGGGCCUUUCUCAAAUGCUUCACAUUGCUAGCCAGAUCGCUUCGGGGAUGGUUUACCUCGCCUCCCAGCACUUUGUACACAGAGACCUGGCCACGAGGAACUGCUUGGUUGGAGCUAACCUGCUGGUGAAGAUUGGAGACUUUGGGAUGUCCAGAGAUGUCUACAGCACCGAUUACUACAGAGUUGGAGGACAUACCAUGCUCCCCAUCCGUUGGAUGCCUCCUGAGAGCAUCAUGUACCGGAAAUUCACAACAGAGAGUGAUGUCUGGAGUUUUGGGGUGAUCCUCUGGGAGAUCUUCACAUACGGGAAGCAGCCAUGGUUCCAGCUCUCAAACACAGAGGUCAUAGAAUGCAUCACCCAAGGCCGAGUCUUAGAGCGGCCUCGAGUCUGCCCCAAGGAGGUUUACGACAUCAUGUUGGGCUGCUGGCAGAGGGAGCCUCAGCAACGACUGAACAUCAAGGAAAUCUACAAGAUCCUUCAUGCUCUGGGCAAAGCCACACCAAUCUACCUGGACAUCCUUGGCUAGCAGUGGCCACUUUCCUGAAAUUGUCGCUCUGCCUUUCUUCUCCCUCCCCUCCCUCUCCCUUGACCUCAAGCCAACAUGUUCAUAUAAACUCAAGUGCCUGCUACACAUACAACUCUGAACAACGACAAAAAAAGAGAGACAAGUUGAUUAAAAAGAAAAUAGGAAGGUCCCGGCAACCCACCUGUAAAACAGUCUGGCUUAUAUAUAUAUAUAUCUAGAGAUAAUAUAUAUAGAAAGAAAUAUAUUCACCUAACACAGCAGAAGCUGCCGUUGCAGGAGAAUGUAAAACAUUAUAAGCAGAACGAAAAAGGAGAGAGAGAGGAAAAAAAGGGGGGAAUCCUUCUAAAAGAAAAUGGGAAAACAGAAUCUUCA